CGGUAAAACCCCCCCAACUAAAAACCCUAAUUUUGUUGCCGCCUAUUUUUAAUUUAGUUUAGUGAAAGAGUCGCCGAUAUAACAACAAUCGGAGCUGAAGCGGCGGCAUCAGUAAAAUGAGUCACUACACUCGCUUCGAAGACACGGACGAGAUCAUUGAGGAUGCUGCUGUGAGCUCCAACCACGACGACUCCAUUUGCGAGCUCGAUGGUUCCGUUGACAAAGCCGUUGAAGGCUCAGCGGGCGAGCCUUCCAUGGUCCUCGUCGGUUCAGAAUCAGAUGAUAAAACAAGUGCCGAUUAUUACUUUGAUUCCUACUCUCACUUUGGAAUUCACGAAGAAAUGUUGAAGGAUACUGUGAGAACUAAGACAUACCAGAAUGUGAUUUAUCAGAAUAAAUUUUUAUUCAAGAAUAAAGUAGUUCUUGAUGUGGGUGCUGGGACGGGAAUUUUAUCUCUCUUCUGUGCCAAAGCUGGGGCAGAACAUGUCUAUGCAGUUGAAUGCUCUGAUAUGGCUGACAUGGCAAUGGAGAUAGUUGAAACUAAUGGGUACUCUAAUGUUAUAACAGUUUUGAAGGGAAAGAUUGAAGAAAUUGAACUUCCUGUCGCUAAAGUUGACAUAAUCAUUUCAGAAUGGAUGGGGUACUUCUUGUUGUUUGAGAACAUGCUUAAUACCGUCCUCUAUGCCCGCGACAAGUGGCUAGUGGAUGAUGGAGUUGUACUACCAGAUAAAGCGUCUCUAUAUCUUACAGCAAUUGAAGAUGCAGACUACAAAGAAGAUAAAAUUGAGUUUUGGAAUAACGUAUAUGGAUUUGACAUGAACUGCAUUAAGAAGCAGGCAAUUAUGGAGCCUCUUGUUGACACAGUUGACAAAAAUCAGAUUGUUACAAAUUGCCAGCUACUCAAGACAAUGGAUAUCUCUAAAAUGGUACCCGGAGAUGCGUCAUUCACGGCGCCUUUUAAGCUUGUAGCUGAACGUGAUGAUUAUAUUCAUGCGCUUGUAGCAUAUUUUGACGUAUCAUUUACCAGGUGUCAUAAAUUGAUGGGCUUCUCUACAGGGCCAAGAUCCCGUGCGACUCAUUGGAAGCAAACAGUGCUUUACCUAGAAGACGUUUUGACCAUUUGUGAGGGAGAGGCCAUUGUGGGAAACAUGACCGUGGCACAAAAUAAGAAAAAUCCUCGAGAUGUUGACAUAAUGCUCAAGUUUUCAUUAAAUGGUCGACGAUGCGUGGUUUCAAGAGUUCAGUAUUACAAGAUGCGCUGAGCCUGUUUUUUAAGUUAUUGACAUUCUUCCAAAUGCAAUUCUAAUACAAGGGAUUUUAGCGGGCUGGCGAAGUAUUGAAAACAAUUGCUUCCCGUCAUAUUACCAUUUUAUAGCGGAUGCUGUUAUUAGUCCUGUGACUUGUUUGCAAUUUUGCUGGAUUUUUUUCUUAGUUUUGGGUGUAUGAUAAAAUUCUUUUGAAUUUCUAAGCAUUUUUUAUUAUUCCA